GGUGAGAACACUGUGUGUAACAUUAAUUUGUGUUUUGCACUUUAAAUCAAGAAUCUUCCAAUACUGUAGCCAUUAAAAAAAUUAUUAUACCGUGAGAAAUAUUAUCUUUUUUUUUUGCUUUUAGUUGUGUUUAAAAAAAGCUUAGUUAAAAAAUGGAAUAAACGUAUAUUUUUUAUUCGUACAGGUCCUGUAAGGACACCAAGUGUCUGCCAUGGGUCUUUCUGGAAUGGCUGGGUUAAAGUUCCCAGUUAUUUUUACAGCCACACUGCCACCUAAAUAAACAGCCCUCACUGUCCAACUGCAUUCACAGGAACCAGUUCAGUGGUCUGCUCCAAGCCCAUAGACCCACAUCAAAUAUGCUUGUACACUGGCCUCCGCUGUAAGCCUGUGCUUAGACAGCUGACUGCCAGGAAUUCUAGAAAUCAUUUUUCACUAACAGACCACAUGGGAAUGUCUGAAUAUGUAUAUAAUCAUAAUGUAUAGUAGUCUUUAAGACCAGUGCAUACCAUAUAGUUUUUUUCUUUUUGUAGGCCACUGGGUCAGUUCAGAUUAUGACAUCAUUAACAAUUAAGUAUUUCGUCAUAAGGUUACACUAUUUAAUGCUUACUGUAGUUUAAAAUUUAGUUUGAAAGAGUCCAAUAUUUUUCAUACAAUUACAAUACAAUUAUGUGCUGUCGGACUGCAUCUCUACAGGGAAUGGCAGAAAAAAAGGUGACUAACAGUAUUCACUAUGACAGUAUUAAAAUAAGCAUAUGAUUAAUAAUAAUGUUGCAUAAUUAAAAAAAGAUAUAAAAGUAGAAAAGCCCAAAUGUUGCCACAUAGUACUUAUAGAUGUGAUAAAUAAUCACAGAGUCCCUUCCUUGAGAUCUCAAACAUCACAUGACAAAGCUUCAAGGGCUCCAUGCUGUCAGGUUGUCAUGGGAACAGUUUAUCCCUCCCCACCCUGCCUUGUAGUCCCUCAGGAGAAAGCUUUGCACCUCUGACUCCCGCGGUGCAGCGCUGAAAACAAAACCAAUCUCUCCCAACCUGUUAGAUAAUAUCCUAGUGAGACACCUGCGACAUCUAUUUAAACAAACGGUAUCUAGUGCCUAAUGUGUGUGGAAGCUGAGAGAGGCAACAAACACAUCUCAUUUAGAUUAAUGAGAGGUUAAAGCGCUUGGCCACAGAAAUGUUAUUAUCACGCUGUUUAAGGAGUGGCUCUACUUAGCAGAUGAACAAUAUAAUUUCACCAAGGUGGUGCGUUCAGGUCUUUUAUUAUUCCAGCUGCUGUAAAAUAUAAAAAUUCCCACACAUUUAAUUCUGUAAAUGCACGGGUUGCAAAUGUAGGCAGCUGAAGACACACCCUAGAAUAGAUGAUAUAGGCCUCAAAUGAACUUCACUGUCACAAUGUCAGCCAAGUACUUACUCUGCUGACAUUUCAGAUCCCGCCACUCCCACCUGCUCUGCAGUAACCCCUGUGUUCCCACCAUUCCCCAUCACCUGAGCUCUCCUGCCCACAUACACAUCUGCUUCCUCUUCCUCAUCAGCCCAGUACAGCAGCCCACUUCCAUUCAUUCCCCGCCAGAUUAUCUAUUGCGCUUCCUUGUCCAACCGGUUUGCCUUUUAUGACCCCUCUGCCUGCCUUUUGGACUCUUGCUCCCUAGCCUGACCCCCUGUUGGAUAAGUUUGCCUCAUCUCCUCUGCCUGCCUGGCUUUUUUUUUUUUUUUUUUUUUUUUCUUUUGCCUGUUUUAAACCUGGAGUAAACUUGAACUUUUCAUGUUACCGGCCUGGUCUCGGACUUGUGCUUUUGGAUUCAAACCUGUUUUUACUGAGCCUUUACAUGCACCUGCCUUAAAACAUCAGCAAUUACACUUAUUCAAAUUUUCAUCUUAAUCUCUUGUUUAUUUGAGUUCUCUUGAUUUUAAAGUAAAAGUGCAAAGGCCAAGUAUUGUGUUAAGUGCAGUGUAUGUUGUGCAUGCAGAGUUGUGUGCAGUGCAUGUACAGUAUAGUCUGUAUGUUCUGUAUGUUUUAGUCCUUGGUCCACCUGCAGGAGGAGCUGUGGCUCACUGCAGCCUCUCUGGAGCAGAAGAGAGAGAUCCCUCUUUUUCCUCUUCAGUGGCAUGAAUAAUAUCCCCAGUGCUGGAGAGAGAGCAUAUCAAGAGGCUAACGGGAAGGGGAGAGAGAUAGCAGCCAGUGUGACUGAUAAGAGCGUGGCAGAACUUGUCUCGCUGACUGCACCGUGGGGCUGGGGAAAGAGAGAGCCAGUGCACCAGAGUGUCAGGCAAGGCUACUGCCUGCACACACACACACACACACACACACACACACACACACACACACACACACUCUCACACACACACAAAUACAUACAUAUAUACACACACACACACACACACACACACACACACACACUCAUGCACACAGACAGACCCCUCAGCUCGGCACCAGAAGAAGUUCAGAGAGAAGACUGACCUCAAGAAGAGGAGUUGUGUGUUUCCCCUCUAGAAUAACUUGUCUCGUGUUUACAGCCUGAGGAAGGAUGGAGAAGCUGUCAGGGAAAGAGAAGGAGCUGAUACGAGGCAGCUGGGAGAGCCUGGGCAAAAACAAAGUUCCUCAUGGUGUCAUCAUGUUUUCCAGGCUGUUUGAGCUGGACCCAGCACUCCUCACUCUUUUCCACUACACUACAAACUGUGGCUCCUCACAAGACUGCCUCUCCAGCCCUGAGUUCCUGGAACAUGUCACCAAGGUGAUGCUUGUGAUCGAUGCAGCAGUCAGCCACCUGGACGACCUUCACACCUUGGAGGACUUUCUGCUCAACCUUGGGAGGAAGCAUCAGGCAGUGGGAGUCAACACGCAGUCAUUUGCUAUGGUUGGUGAGUCCCUUCUCUACAUGCUGCAGUGCAGUCUGGGCCAGGGCUACACGGCGCCGCUGCGUCAAGCCUGGCUCAACAUGUACAGCAUCGUGGUAGCAGCCAUGAGCCGAGGAUGGGCCGAGAACGGGGAGGACAAGGCCGACUGAGUUGGACUGGGAGUUGCUGAGCAAUUUCUGUCAAAUCACUCAACAUGGUUGGCAUGGAAUAAGGUUGUUUAACUUGCAGCAUUGUGGCUUUGGCUGCCGUACAUUUGCUCUGUGAGUGAGGUCACAUAGCGUAGCAAAUGCAUGGUGUGGUUACACUUUACUAUUGGAUCGACCAAUCGCAGAGUUUAUUUUCUUUGCUGAGGAUGUUUAGCUACCAGACGAUGCUGCUGUACAGAUGUGAGGAUCUGAGCCAGCCUGCUUUGGUUCUUCUAAGCCUGGACCUGAAAUCUGAGCGCCUCACACUGAGAAAAAGCAACAGGAUAACUGUUGAGUCUCUUUGUAUAUAAUGGCUUUGAUAUACAGUAUCUACUCAAAUAACAGUGACUGUAGUGGUCUUUGUGAUGUAUCUUAAAAGAGUUGCACAGUUGUAAAACACUAAAUAUUAUAUUUAGGCAUCACACUCUACUCAAACUGUGAUGGUUACUGUGGCCAGCACGGCAGCUCUCUUUCUAACUGGAACACAGUGAUACUUCACAAAACAUGUUAAAGGUUUUGGGACAAAGCAAUGUGAUUUUACAGAAGAAAAUCCUAUCACCUUAGUCAUAAUCAUUACUGUGUUUUCUAUUGAUAUUACACAUCAUUACACCUACUUUAGCGUGUGACUUUGUUGUCUGACCUAUUAAUUAAAAAUGAUAUUCAAUAGAUACUGACAAGAACUGUUAAUACUCUCUGAUAGCUCUCUUCAGAGAUCUAUGACUGUUAAGGUGUCCAUGUGCACCUUACUCAACAUGGUGUGUGAUGCCCUCCUCAGUAGAGAUUGUGAUUAUUUCAAUAGGCUUCAGCUGACUGUUAAACUCUAACUAAUAGACUGUUAUGUUGACUAUUUACAUUAGAGUAAAGGGCAUCUUUGUUCCUUGCCUAUCAGUUUCCAGUCAUUGUAAGUGUAAAGUAUUUUUCUCUCUCUCUUGUAAUUGCUUAUCUCAGUAAUGCAUAUUAACUGUGUUGUUGUGACUACAAACGUAGUAUUACCUCAGCUUUAGAUGUGAAGAUCAGCAAAGUGGCCAGUGUUUCUCCAACACAGAGCUUCUACAUGGGAGUCAAUAUUUAUUUUGGAUUAUGAGAAAAGACAAACUUAAUUGAUGAUGAUUUUGUUUCCUUUCAAUAAUACAAAGAUACUGUGUGCUGACGCUGUCCUAUAUGUGUGUGUUAUUAUUAUUGCUGCCAUAACACUGUAUGUAUCAUCCUCAGCUGUUAUUGACAUUCAUGGUCAUUAUGCCAAGUAACUUAGCAACAGUGCGCCAAGUAUUAGAUAAUAACACCAUACAACUGUAAAUCCAAGCUGCUGAUAUGUGGUUAUUAUCGCUUUAGUCUGAGUUUACAUUUAUAAAGUUUAUUUUUAUAUUCUGAAAUGUAUGUGUUGUUACAGAGCAUCGAUUUGAUUACUUUUCCAAAUGUGACAUACAGUAUAUCCUCCAGAUAUAUUACCUUACAUGGAUUUCCAGUUAAUGAACCCAAAUGUUCUGCUUUUAAUCAGGUUUAUUUAAUCAAAAGUAAUAGAGAUAGAUAUUAACUUCUAAAUGUGCAAUCCUUACAGAAAAUUAUAAAAGCAGUUUUCUAUUGAACUAUUCUAUCCGCCCUGUUCAGUCUGUACUACAGCCCACAGGUGUAAUCUUUAUUAACUGACUGUGUAUGUGGUGUAUUUAUAGUGAUUCUUUUCUUAGUAUCAGUACUCAGCCCUAUGCAGGUUGUUCUUCUCCACGUCUCUGUUUUCAAUUACCUGACCUUAGGUCUUUUUAGCAGGCAUGACUGAUAACUGGCAUGUUAUCCCGUUAACAUCCAGCUCUGUACAUAUGGGGUGUGUCACUGUCUACCUCAUCAUUAUCAGCUGCUAUUGAACAGUGAUGACUUCACCUAGUUAUCCUUCAACCAAAAACGCACAGUAUGAUUAAAAUUAAUGCACACUCUUUGUAAACUGGAUUCCAUCCUUUGAAAAAAACAUGUUGUGUACUUACUUGAUACUAAAUAAAGUGAUCUGUGGAUAUUUAACUGCU